AUGCAAGAGGCGAUGCAGCGGCCGGAGGUGCAGGCGCAGAUGGCGCAGAUGCAGGCGAUGAUGCGCAACGAGGCGCUGCAGGCGCGGCUGGCAGAGCUGAGGGAGGACCCCGAGAUGAAGGGCGUUUUUGAGGAGAUCCAGAAGGGCGGCAUGGGGGCGCUCAUGAAGUUCUGGAACGACCCCAAGUUCCUGUCCAAGCUCGGGGAGAAACUGGGGGACGUCGUGCCCCCGGCUGGCGCAGCGCCGCCCGCAGCCGCAGCCGCUGCGGCCGGUGCGCCGGUAACUGUGCCGCAGGUGCCUGACAUUGACAACCUCUGGGACGCAGCCAAGUAUGGUGACCUGGAGGCGGUGGAGGACUUCAUCGCGAUUGGCAAGGACGUCUCGAUGGCGGACGAGGAGCAGCGGACACCCCUGCACUGGGCCGCUGGCAUGGGCCACGCCGACGUUGCCGCGGUCCUGCUGAAGGAGGGCGCCAAGCUGGAGGCCGCCGACUCCAAGGGCAACACCCCGCUGAUGUAUGCGGCCGGCUACGGCCGCCCCGCGCUGGUGAAGCUGCUGCUGGACGCGGGCGCCAGCGCUGCCGCCAAGAACGUCAACGGCAAGACCGCCGCGGACCUCACGGCGGACCCCCGCAACCCCCUCAACCAGACACCAGAGCUUGUGGAGCUGCUCAAGCAGGGGGCUGGGGCGGCGGCCUGA